GUUAAGUUGGUGAUGUGUUUUCUUUGGGUGCAGUGGCGUUGAGGUCGUGUCGACCACAUCCGCCGACUUCUUUCUUUUUGUCCCACCAGCACCUUCGUCGCGCACUCGCUGUGCCUUCCUUGUUUGAUUGUUCUAGACUUUUGGGCUACUUUCCUGUCUCGGAUCCUUGUUUUUUCUUUCUCCCUCCCUAUCCAAUGCGCACCAACAGCCGCACUGCGCCCAAGCGAGCCCACUAAACCUCAACCAGACGCGCAGGUCGCAGAGGAUGGCGUCCUCAGUCGAUGCCAACACCCGAAAGAGGGUUCUCAGGGUCAUCUUCGUCUCCCUAUUGCUUGACCUGAUCUCUUUUACUUUUAUCCUCCCGCUCUUCCCGAACCUGCUUGAAUUCUAUCGCAAUUCCGAAGCUCCCGCUGGUCUCGACUCUGAAGGGCGCCAGCGCCCCCCGACUCUGCUCGCCAAUGUGCUGGGCUACCUCAACGCCUACAAGGCCGCCUUCGCCAAGCCGAUAGACUCCCGAUAUGACAUCGUUCUUCUCGGCGGUGCUCUCGGGAGCAUAUUCUCCCUCUUGCAGGCUGUCGCUUCCCCCAUAAUCGGCCGCCUGUCGGACAAGCACGGCCGGCGCACCGCGCUCCUGGCUAGCAUGUGCGGCAACAUCCUCUCGGUCCUGUUGUGGGUUGUGGCCGUCGACUUCCGCACUUUUGUGGCCUCGCGCGUCGUCGGCGGUCUGUCCGAGGGCAACGUCCAGCUCGCCACCGCCAUCGCCACCGACAUAUCAGACGAGACCAGCCGUGGCUCCACCAUGGCCCUCAUUGGCGCUUGCUUCUCCAUCGCCUUCACCUUCGGCCCCGCCCUGGGCGCCUGGCUGAGCUCCAUACCCACCGUGGCUGCGAACCCCUUCGCCACCGCCGCCGGGUUCUCCCUCUUCCUCAUCGUCACCGAGACGGCCUACCUCUAUGUCGCUCUGCCCGAAACUCUGCCGGCCCUGACUGAAAAGGGUGCUGCGGCCACCUCCAAGGCCGCCGCUGACAAGGAGAAGAGCCCGGCUCCGGUCAAGAGGACCAACUCGCACUUCCUUCUCAACACAGUCCACCUGACCUUCCUCCUCUUCUUCUCGGGCAUGGAGUUCUCGCUCCCCUUCAUGACGUAUGAUCUGUUCGGCUAUACCUCGGCCCGGAACGGCCGCCUGCUGGGCUAUAUCGGCCUCGUCGCCUCCAUCCUCCAGGGCGGUGUGACGCGCCGCCUCCCGCCCCUGUUUUCAGUGCGCCUCGGCGUCGCGGCCUGCCUCGUUGCCUUUGCCCUGCUGGCCCGUGCCUCUUCCGUCAGUAUGCUCUACCUGGCCGCCACGUGCCUGGCCACCACGUCGGCCACGGUCGUGACGGGGCUCAACGCCCUCAGCAGCUUCGAGGCCGGGGCCGGCGAGCGCGGCAAGAAGCUUGGCGCCCUCCGCAGCUGGGGCCAGCUCGGCAGAGGCGUCGGCCCCGUCCUCUUCACGAGCGUCUAUUGGUGGGCCGGCCGCGAGGUGGCAUACGGUAUCGGUGCCCUGGGCAUCGCCGCCGUUACCCUCCUCGUCUUCUUUGGACUCAAGUCUCCUCCGGGGUCCCUAGGGGCUGCAAAAGCCAGGGGCGGGAAAGGUGUCGCCGAGAAGAAAGAUCUGUAGUUGGGGUUACAAGGUGUUUCGUCCUGAGCAGGUUGGUUAAUUUAGAUUCCUGUGAUGUUGCGUAAAGUGUUGUAGAUAUCAUAUAAAGUAGAUGUAUAGCACCGGCAACACAACAUGAUUGAUAACCGUCUCCCGAAGCCGAGGCACCCCGCCCACAAGGACGAUGGCAGUCUUACAGGUCCUAGGGGCAAAGAUUAGGAAUGUUAGUACUAUAAGGUUUCAUAUUCCUAUUUUUAUUCGUGGGUUUAUUCUAAUCCUUAUCUUGUUUUUCUUCCCGUUUUUCUUCCUGUUUUCCUCCCGUUUUCUUCCCAUUCUGUUCCUUUUCUUAUUCC